GCGGAGGCAGGGCGACGCCGCUAGCGGGGCGCGGGGCCGGCAAGAUGGCGGCGGAGCAGCUGGGCGGCAUCCGCAGCGUGGACAUCGACCCCGACGGCGUCUUCAAGUACGUGCUGAUCCGCGUGCGGCCGGCGGGGGGCCCUGGGCCCGCCAGGGACAUCGUGCGGGGCCACGCCUGGGCCGAGUACCACGCUGAUAUUUAUGACAAGACUGCGGCAGAAAUGGAGAAGCAAGGCUACGACUGCGAGUGCUUGGGCGGGGGCAGGAUCUCUCACCAGAGCAAGGAGAAGAAGAUCCACGUUUAUGGAUAUUCUGUGGGCUUUGGUCGAGCAAAACACUCUGUGUCCACAAAGAUCCUGAAAGACGAGUUUCCAGACUAUGUGGUCACCUGGGCUGAUGAAGGCUAUUGACCUGGCUCUACUCCGACAGCAGCGGACAUCGCUCCCUCUUCCUAGGACUGAGAAGCCAGGUCGUUGGCUGGGCUUGUGGGAGCAGAGCCUGCACUGGCCAGUGCUCUGAAGCUGCCUGGGCUCCACUGAGUUUCCUUGUGUCUGAAGCUUCAUGGAGGAAGCGAGUUCAUUCUGCCGGGAAGCUUCUGACAGGAGAGGGACGAGCCUAGAGCAUGGGGAAUUCACCAGCCUCCACACCCUUCGGAUCCAUGAACUGUCUCAGCGCUGUAGUCUUGAGCUGCAUCUGGCGAAGGGGCAGCAAAGCCUGUGGUGGAAAUCCUGGCCCCAGUGAAACCGGGGGGGCGGGGGUGCCAUUGAUCUCAGUGGAGCCAGGACUUUUCCCUGAAUGUUUACAGUGAAAAUUAAACAGUAUCUUUAAAUUUA